AUGAGCGCCCCAGCAUACUACGAGCUAUACCGUGGCAGCAGCAUCGGCCUGUCCCUGACUGAUACUCUCGAUGAUUUAAUCAAUGAGGGGCGCAUCGAACCCCAGCUGGCUAUGAAGAUACUGUCCAACUUCGACCGCGUCAUUACUGAAGUCCUUGCUGAUAAAGUGAAGUGCAAGCUCUCAUUCAAGGGUCAUCUUGAUACUUAUCGUUUCUGCGAUGAAGUUUGGACUUUCCUUGUCAAGGACGUCACCUUCAAGCUGGAUGACCAGUCUACCCUACAUGCAGACAAGGUAAAGAUCGUGGGGUGCAACAGCAAGCGUCCUGGUGAGGUAUGA